CUCGUCUCGUCUCGUCUCGUCUCGUCGCAGCCUCGCACACGUGGGCUCGUCGACGCCGCGCGCCCUUCCUGUUUUCCCACUCCGGCGCGAUGUGGCGGGCGAGGAGGCGGUGGUCGUGGCCUUCGCCGCUUCCGCGGCCUCGGUGGAUCUCGUCGGACGCCGCCUCCACGGCGCCGCGGCAGCGGGUGGCGGCGCUGUGGGGGAACGGGGACUACGGGCGGCUGGGGCUGGGCGCGCUGGAGUCGCGGUGGAGCCCCACUGUCUGCCCCUUCUUCCUCGCCCGCCCCGCCGACCCGCCGGCCUCCCUCGCCUGCGGAGGCGCCCACACCCUCUUCCUCACCCAGAGUGGGCGAGUGUUCGCCACGGGGCUGAACGACUUCGGGCAGCUCGGGAUAGGCUCCACUGUUACACAUACGCUGGAGCCUACUGAAGUUUCCGGAUUUCAUGAUAAAGUUGUACAAAUUUCAGCUGGCAAUCAUCAUUCUUGUGCAGUAACUGAGGAUGGUAAGCUCUUCGUUUGGGGCAAAAAUUCAAGUGGCCAGCUUGGUCUUGGAAAAAGGACUGGAAAAGUAGUUUCUACCCCAACAAAGGUUGAUUAUUUGGCUGACUUCAGAGUGAAAAUGGUUGCUUUGGGAUCAGAGCAUUCAAUUUCUGUUACAGAGAAUGGUGAAGUCUUGAGUUGGGGAGCUGCUGGUGCUGGCAGGCUUGGGCAUGGCCAUAAAUCUAGCAUACUGGGAUUCGCUCUGACCUCAAGUGAAUAUACUCCAAGGUUGAUCAAAAACCUUGAUGGUAUCAAGAUUAAAAGGAUAGCUGCAGGAAUGUUGCACUCAGCUUGCAUUGAUGAAAAAGGUACUUUGUUCAUAUUUGGGCAGAAGACUGAGAAGGGAUUUGGAAGAUCAAAUGAAGCAUUUAGACCAGAUAUUGUUGUAGAGGUACCAUUUUCGGAAGAAGUUGCUUGUGGAGGUUAUCAUACUUGUGUUGUAACAGAUGGUGGUGAUCUGUAUUCUUGGGGUUCAAAUGAAAAUGGCUGUCUUGGUCUGGGAGGUACGGAUAUGGUUCGCUCUCCUGAAAUUUUGAAAAGCUCAUUAUUUAAGCUUCCUGUAUCUAAGGUAUCCUGCGGUUGGAAGCACACAGCUGUAAUUUCAGGUGAUGAUAUUUACACAUGGGGUUGGGGAGGUGCUAAUGGUACCUUUUUUGAAGAGGGCCAUUCUUCUGGUGGACAACUGGGACAUGGAAACGAUGUAGACUAUUUUGAGCCAAUGAUGGUGUCAUUUGGCAAGAAUACAAGAGCUGUCCAUGUAUCAUGUGGCUUCAAUCAUACUGGUGCAAUUUACGAGUACACAAACAACUGACUGCCAUGCCAUCUGCAGGACUGCAGACCAUCAUGUUUGGGAAUAAUUACUCAAUUAUACUGAGAAGUGCACAGAGAAUUUAAAUGAAUAAGAGAUAAGCUGGAUGCUUUUGUGGUAUGCAUCAGAAUUACAGAUUAGUGAAGCUGUAUAGUGUCCUUUCAUUUAUUGGGUGGAUAUGUAUUAUUUUACCAGCUAAUAAGAACUCUAUUGUUUGAGAUCUCCCAGGCUGUUGUACUUGAUGGGCGGUUGGUGUCCAUGCUAGCUGUGUUUCCAUGUAAAGAAUAUCUGAAUCAGAAUAGAUCCCGUUGUACAGUUAAAUAUGUACGUAGAUCAUCCGUUUUUUUUCUGAAGAUUUAUUGCUUCUCCUUUGUCGGUUU